AUGUACCAACAUGUGAACACUAAUUCUCGCGUAGUGGAAGUUGCAGACACAUUCCCUGGAUAUAGUCAAAGUGAACUUAAUAUAACUCAGGGUAAUGCUCCUACCCAGGAUGGAGGAAGAAUAACGAUUGAAGAGGUGUUAGAUUCCAUAUUCCAACAGACGUCUACUUCCACUACCGCUUAUCCAGACACAAGACAUCUGCUGAAGACAUCUCAAGCGAACUAUAUUUAUCAAUUUAGCAUAACAGAAACUGACAUUCCUCGUAAAAGCGAGUCAGGUCCUGGAAUCUACACGGGGAAUUACAUGCUUAUGGAACAAGUGAUAAAGCAGCCAAGCAAAGCAGAGUCAUUACUUAAGUCUGAGCAAUUAUUUGUACGAUGCUCAUGUUGCCAUAAAACGCGCGAAUUGAGUUUGGCUCGACUACAGUAUGUCACAUGUAAGCACUGCUAUACAUACUACUGCUCGAAAGACUGCAGAUUGAAACAUUGGGAAAAGCAUAGCAGUAGCUGCUCAUUUGCAAGAAUAAACACUUUGUGUAAAGAUGUCAUUAUGAAAGUGCGACGAGAUCCUUUAGCGCAGUCGAGUAUGUCAAAAUUAGCAAGAGUAUCUUAUAGUACAAGUGGUCGCGGAAGCGUUAAUAUCAGAUUGCCUUCACCACACAUUGCUCAGGCGUAUGUGAAUUAUGGUUGGGGAGCUUUGUCAUCAAUACCUCCACAACAACUUCUUCACUAUUAUACGAUCUCAGCACUUGUUCGUGAACAUAAGGAGCCAUCACUCAUCGCCUUAUGUCGUCGCUAUGAUCCGAAAGAGAAGUUUAUCCUGUCUGUGAGCAUCAUUGCGGAUAUCGAGCACUGCCCUCAAACACCCCCUCCAGAAACUCUGGACAGCAACUAUGUGCAACAGAAUGGCGCCCAGCCUCGUGAACUACCCCCAGCUACUCCUGAUUUAUUUGGUCCUCUCACUCUUGUGCCAACAGAUGUUUGA